AUGUGCAUCUACAUGCUCUGGCAACAUCCGCUGUCUCAGGAUCUCUUUGCUGGUGGGCCGGAGCCCUUGCAAGCUUCAGAAGCGGGCGAUCCCUUGGAGGGUUUAACGCCUUUGGAUCGGCUGCGCGUGAAGCGGGCCUGGCGGGAGAUGCAAAGGUUGCCAUGGAUCCGUCAGGGGCGCUUGCCUUCAGCGGUCUAUUCCUGGUUGAGCUCCCGUGGAAUUCACUGCAAUGCGGGAGAGUUGGCCUUAGCCAUGCUCCAGCGACAGAGAGAUCACGAGAGGCACUUGGAGGUGCAUCCAGAGAAGAACCCGGAGGUGCCUCCUGCGGUGCUUCUAUCAGCCAAGGUGCUCCUCUUGCGCGCGGCAGCGCACAACGACCUCUGUAUCUUGGAGGCAAAAGAGGCUGCCAGGCUGAAGGCGGAGGCAGAAGCGUUGGAGGCAGCCAAGCGUCGAGCGCAAGCUUUUCAAAAAUGGUGCCAGCGCAAAGCAUCUGUGCAGGCGGCGGCCGCGGCCAAUGCGUUGCUGAUGGCCUUCCAAGGAAGAGAAGUUUCGCAGGCACGGAAAAGACCAUUGUGGAUGCGCUUCUGUUUCUCGGGCAGCACCGAAGCGGUGGUCUCCGUACUGCCUUCCGCCUUCAAGCGACGGAUGUUGGAACCGCAGGAGGCACGCUAUGGGAUCUCAGUGUGGGGCUAUGUGCACUUGGAAUGGCCCAGUGACAAGGAGGAUGUCUUUAGCCACCAGGAUGCAGAAGCUGGAGAACUCAGAUCCACAUCCAUUUGGGUCUACAGUUCUACUAUGGGUGCCCUGGGCAGGUUAGCGUUUCUUCCAGUUCUGCCAGCUAUUUUUCGGAUCGAAAUCUCAGUGACGCCACGACUCCAUCAGGCCGCGCGGGUCAUUGUGGAGAAGUACUAUGGCAAGCUGACGCUGGAUUUCCAGGUCAACAAGAAGAUCACGGAGGAGGUUGCGACCAUCCCAUCCAAGCGUUUGCGCAACAAGAUCGCCGGAUUCACCACCCAUCUCAUGAAGCGCAUCGGAAAGGGCCCCGUGCGUGGCAUUUCGCUGAAGUUGCAGGAGGAGGAGCGAGAGAGGCGAAUGGAGUUUGUGCCAGAUCGCUCUGAGGUGAACACGGAUUUCAUCCAGGUGGAUCCCGACACGCGGGAGAUGCUCAAGGAGAUGGAGAUGGAUCGUCUGCCCAAUAUCUCCACUUCCAACACCACCUUGUCGGGCUUCGCCAUGGGUCGGGAAUCCAUGCCGGGUAUGUCGCAAGUGAGAAUGAUGGGCUCUGAGUGGCUGCGGCGUUUGUUCAAAUGGCGCGUGCGAAUCCUUUGGGAUCCUUUGGGCGCAGUCUCUCAUGUGGACUUGGCCGUGGAGCCACCAACCUCAAAGGAAGGUCCUCAAGAUUUGAUGUCGUUACCUAGUCUGGACGGCAGCCCGCCGCAACCUUCGGAGGCCAAGGUCUGUACAAGCCUGGACUGGUGGGAGGAUCAUUUCGGACUCACCGUCACCUUUACAGAUCCCAAAGAGGCCUUUCAGUUGCAGGUGGGUUCCCCGGUCUUCAUGGCCCGGCAGCACCUGGAGUCGGUUUCUUCGCUGCCAGAACAGGAGGACAGCGUGACCGGGAUGUUGCCCAGCUUCUUGUUACAUGAGGCGAAGGAAGAGCAGAAGCGUGCGCUUUGGAAUCACGCCGUGCAAGCUGACCCGCGGCUCACUGGCACCAUGGGCUUCGAGGAUCCAAUGAUCACACAACUGGAAGAUGCCAUUCGCGCCUCUGCUUGGCCUUCGCGAACCUGGGUGCUGGCAGGCGUCUUCUUCGCGGCCCUGGCUGAGUCCUUGGGACGUUCGGGCUUUUCGGCAGAGGAGGCGGCACGCCGCGCGAUGCUCCUGGGCAUCUGCGCCAAGUUGAUGGCCAAACAGGGCCGUCGUCGGGACGCACACGCUCGCGAGCUGGACUUAAUGGAGGUCGAAUCGGAAGGACCUGAGAACGCUUCCAUCGAGGAGGUCGCACCGAUGGUGUCCUUCAAGAACUUCCACACCGAUAUCAGUGAGCAGCCGCCCUCACCGACGUCCACCGCCACACAGGUUCUGCGCGAGGCGCUUGCACGCGAUCCGGUGGACUUAGAGGAGCUCUCGAUGGCCUUGGAACACGCGCGCCGUGCCGAUGUGGAUGUGGUGCUGCUGCAACGUGGGGAGGAGAUCUUUAUGAACAUCAUCGAGAAGCAGGGUGCAGUGACCCGCUUGGCCACAGCGAUCCAAAACCGGAUGUUGAAGGAGUUGCGCGCCGCGGUGCAAAAGGCAGAAGAGGUGCAGUUGCAACCCAGCGAGUAUCCGGAUUCGGCCGGAUGUGGAAUCCUACAACGAGCGCGUGAUGUGGUGAAAGAGGAAGAAUUAGCAGCUCUGGAGGAACUGAGUAGCGCCAUGAAGAGUGGAGGGGCACCACGGGGAAGCUUUGCCACCCUGAAACCAGAUGACUUGCAGAAACUGAAACAGAUCCUGGGCCCACAGAACGUCAUGACACCAGAGGAGGUGGAACGAGAGGAUUUGCUGAGAUACAACCAGGACUGGAUGGGCAAAUGGGAGGGUCGUAGUGCAGCGGUGUUGAAGCCAGCAACCACAAAGGAAGUCUCCGAAAUCCUGGCGUAUGCGAAUGGGCAAAAUCUGGCCGUGGUGCCACAGGGCGGGAACACAGGCCUGGUGGGUGGCUCCGUGCCGGUGCAUGACGAAUUGGUGCUGUCCUUGCUGCGGAUGAAUCACAUCGAAGCCUUGGACACGGUUUCGGGCAUCGUGACGGUUCAAGCUGGCUGUGUGCUGGAACAGCUUGACCAGUACUUGGCUCAGCAUGGUUUCAUGGUUCCACUGGAUUUGGGUGCCAAGGGUACCUGCACUAUUGGUGGCAAUGCUGCUACCAAUGCAGGAGGCCUGCGAUACCUGCGCUACGGAUCCUUGAGAGGCAAUAUCCUGGGAGUUGAAGCAGUGUUGGCCGACGGCCAGGUGGUGGAUAGCCUGUCGGCUUUGCGGAAAGACAAUACCGGCUAUGGUCUGCCACAGCUCUUCAUUGGCUCAGAGGGAACACUAGGUGUGAUCACUAAGUUGACGAUCUUGUGUCCACCUCGUCCCAAAGCCGUCAACAUUGCCUUCUUCGCCUGCUCGAGCUUCGAACACGUGCAACGGACUUUCGCCCUGGCACGGCAGAAGCUGGGCGAAGUGCUCUCGGCGGUGGAGUUCUGCGAUCGCAUGGCCAUCGACUUCGUGCUGCUGGGCGGCGCCCUGCGCACAGUAGGAGUCAGGGAAGCUCUGACUCAAGCGUUCACCCUCCUCGGGCAGGGCGAUGUGGACAUGUUCAUGCUCUGCGAUAAUCCGUGCGAGCCAGAUGACAUGUCACUGCCUUAG